CUCAUGGCCACCCUGGCUCGAACCGCGCAUAUAUGCGCUGCAGGCGUCCAGCCCCUGCGCCGCGCCAGCAGCACUCCCCGCGGGCUGGCCCGAUGGAGGGCCCGGGAUCUCCACUCGAGCCGCAGUCGGCCGAUGCCAGCCUCGAGGCGGGCGGCCACCCCUGGGACACGUGCGGCACCCCCGUGCUCCUGGCGCCCGUCGGCUGCAGGCCGUCGUCUCCCUCGACGGAGCUCGGAGGAGAAUUCCCUGAGGGCCUGAGCGGCGCGGAGGCGGCGUGGCCGAAGAUUCCCACGCCCGCAGACCCGUGGCUGCUGCCUGGCGGUUCGCGGACCAUGUGUGGAGGGAGAUGCCUGACGCGGCCCUGGACGUGGGGAAGCAGCAGCGACGAGGUGGCGUCGGACGGCGGUUCCUCGAGCGGCAGCUCCUCGCUGGAGUCGGAGGCAGAGGUGGACAGAGCAGGAGCCUUCCGCCAGAGGCCCGACCUUCAUCGACCUGGGCCACCCCCACGCGAGGCUCCUGCUGCUGCUCCUCGGGGGCCGCGGCGAGGAUGGCUGGAGCGCCUGACGCCGCCUGGGCCUCUCCACGGGCGGCUCCCGGUGCCGCCGCGAGCCGUGCCGCGCUGGGCGGCGGCUCUCUGGCCCGUGGCCGCCGAGGCCUGUGGCCUGUUGGAGGCCGGCAGGGAGGAGUCCGGGGUGGCCCAGCACGGGUUCCAGCCAUAAUAAUAAUAAUAAUAUUAAUAAUGGCCCUUAUCACCCCUUCUUGAGUGGAGUUGCCCGUAUCACCCCUUCUCGAGAGACUUUCUCGACCCUCCAGCCGCAUCCAAGCAGCCGGUGCGAUCGCGAUCUGCCCAGAAGGGCCGUGUGGAUGACUGUAUGGGUGCCUCUCGGGGUUUCCCCGUCUCACCGGCAUGUUUGUGACCAGCAUGCGCUGUUCCCACCGUCGCAGGACGUUCGCUCCCCCCUGCGAGCGUUUUGGCAGUCUGGCUUUGCGCGGCGUCGUUCUCAAUCGGCCCGCCCGCCCGCGCGGUUGCCGCGUGCCCUGCUGAUCGUGCAGCCGAAUCCAGCCGCCAGGCUGCCAGCAGUUCUGGCUGCGGCGUCGAGGCCUUGGCUGGUCGUGCUCGCAGCGUUCGCCUGUGACUUCCGCAUCUCAGCUAGAGAGAACGAGAGAGGGAG